AUGAAUUCAGCACGAAAAGCUUGGAUUGUGGCAGCUAGUGUUGGAGUUGUAGAGGCCUUGAAGGACCAGGGUGUCUGCAGGUGGAAUAAUGCUUUGAAGUCAGCUCAACAACAUGUGAAAAGCCAUGUUGGAUCGUUGUCAUUGUCAAAUAAGCUUUCCUCUUCUGCUAUGGUUUCUACUACUUGUAGCAGACUAAAGGGUGAGAAGGUCAAGCAGUCAGAGGAGUCCUUAAGGACUGUUAUGUACUUAAGCUGCUGGGGUCCCAAUUAG